AACGGAGAAGCGCGUGCUUGUUUCACGGGUCCCGCUGCAGUGACACGAGCACGCGCGUGAGUUCCGGUGUCAUGGCCGCGACGGGUUGCGCGAGGUUGUUGUCAUUGGGAUCCGUUCACGGACUGCGGCUCGGUUCGAGAGCUCUGCCGGUUCUGACCCGAAUCGGUCCGGUUCGGCACCACCGGCUCGGUCCAUCAGAUGAUGAGAUGUACCAAAGGACCACCGUCUCUGUGAUGCAGAAGGAGGCGGAUGGAGGAUCCAUCAUCUACAGCUACAGCCCACGAGGCUUUAACAUUGACGGGAACAAAGUGUUUGGACCCUGUGCGAUUCUCCCGCCGGCCGUUCUCCAGUGGAAUGUUGGCUGUCACACAGACAUCACAGUGGAGAGUUUGUCUCUGUUUUAUCUGAUCGAGCCGCGCAUCGAGAUUCUGGUUUUGGGCACAGGAGGUCGUACUGAACGCCUGGAUCCAAACGUACUCGCCUUCCUCAAGAAGAAAGGCAUCGCUGUAGAGGUUCAAGACACACCUAAUGCAUGUGCCACAUUCAACUUCCUGUCCAGCGAGAGACGCAUAACAGCGGCCGCUUUGAUUCCUCCUCCUGAGCAGACAGAAUAACCUCAUCAUCUAACAUUAACACAACGUACAGGGAUUACUACCACACCUUACUAUGUUUAUAUUUAUAUUUAUCAAAUUUGAUAUGAAGUAAUAUGUAGAAGAAUGAUGAAAGCAGAGAGAGAGAUUAAAGAUAUUAAUGUUGAGCGGUCAGCAGAGUUUCUAAUCUGUUCUUGUCUGUCUGAAUGUUGCCAUCAUCUGACCUCUACGAUAAGCCUUUAAUCUGUACACACACACACACACACACACACACACACACACACACACACACACACACACACACACACACACACACACACACACACACACACACACACACACACACACACACACA